AUGCUGCGUUACCUUCCGCGGACGUUACGCGGAGGCUCCUCCAGGGCCGUCAGACGCCAUUUCCACCAAGUCACAGGAGACUUCACCAACUACGACGUGGAAGGUGUUCCGACCACCACCAAAGUGCCCAUUAUCGUCGGCGAGCCGGGCCAAACAUAUGUGCUGGUCCCCACGGAUAUCGGAAGGGCGUUCCAUGCAGCAUCUCUUGCGUUGAACGAACCGACGACGGGAACUUCCACUGGGGCCACGAAUGAGACGUGCAAGGCCACUUUUUUCCAUGACUCACAGCACUUCGGAGUUGAGGGGCCAUCGAGAUAUCCCCAGCUCCGCAUACCCAUGAGUCUUCCGCGUCAGACAGACUCGAAUACAAGUUCAGCAACUAUAUAUCUGAAUGGAAAGAUGCAUAAUAUGGUUUUGGAUGGGACUGCUGAUGCGGGAUUUGCGCAGAUGGCUAAUGACACUGCGCGAACUUUACAUGAUGACCUUGAGAAGUUGAAGGAUAUGUAA